GCAACAAACAGCAGCGUACGCCGCCGGGGGACAUCAAUGGUGGAGUACGCAUCCAUUCAGGGACAGGUCUGAGAGAGACCAUUACUGGGGCUUACAUGGAGAGCUGAAACUGAAUAUGAGGUUAACGUCCUUAAUGAUGUACAUAUCUCCGGUUCUGCUAUUUAUUUUGUAUGUAUAUAUUGGAUUUUCUGAAGCUGCACCUCGCAUCAGUCCCUACGAUGCGUCGCCGAUCUCCAGGAAGCCCGGCUCAGCCUCCGACACCUGGGAGACCUUCCACACCGACACGCCUCGUACUCUACCCGAGAGGAGCGGGUUGGCUCUCGGGCCUCUAACCGGACCGUCGCCUGCCAUUGUUUCUGCCGGCCCUACCGCUGCUACAAGCCCUGUCUCUAAAACUGCGACCACCUUCCAGCCUCCUACAACGGAUCCGACCACCACCACCGCCACCACUACUACUACAACCACCGCCGCCGCUGAUACUGGAUUAAUAUCGGCCGCUAAAGAACAAAUAACAGCACCGAUUUUUAGCUCAGGCGGUGCACGUAAAAGAUCCACCGAUGCACAAACAUCGCUUUUUGCUCCGGAGAAAAUGCUGCAGACCAUGGUGUCCAUGGUUUCCCAGCGCACAGCAAACGACGCCUGGGCUGCAGAUAAUAUUGGCACAUCUGUUACCUCAGUAGAGAACAACAGUCAAGAGGGGCUUUGUAACUGCAGCAGUGACGGUGAGGGGAUUUUGGAUCCGGACGAGUGCAACCAGGCCACCGGUCAGUGUUCCUGUCUCUCAGGAUACACUGGUCUACAGUGCGAGGACUGCGAGGAGGGAUUCUUCACCAACGGCACCAGCGGCUGCCUGCCCUGCGCCUGCGACUCGUUCGGGGCAGUGAACCACCUCUGUGACAGCUCAGGGAUAUGUGUGUGCAAGACAGGAGUGUAUGGACCCAAGUGUGAUGAGUGCCACCCGGGUUUCUUCCACUUCAGCAGUACUGGCUGUCGGCCCUGCCAGUGUCACAACCACACCAGCCACUGCCAUCCACAGUCCGGAGUGUGUCUGAACUGUGAGGGCAACACCCAGGGAUCCAACUGUGAGGAGUGUAAGCCGGGUUUCUACCGCAGCCCUGGAUCCGCCCCGACCGAAGCCUGUGCGCCGUGUCCCUGCUCCAACUCCACCUCCACCGGCACCUGUCACACCAAUCCCAGCGGCUCCCCUGUGUGUGACCAGUGCCUGCCGCGGUUCAGCGGCCCACAGUGUGACAAGUGCAGCGCCGGCUUCUACAAAACUUCUGGGGACUGCGUUCCAUGUGACUGCAGUGGGAACGCAGACCCUCAGGGCCCCGUUCAGCUCUGUCACCCCGGCACGGGCCACUGCCUCAGCUGCAUCAACAACACCACCGGCCCACAGUGCCAGCUCUGUGCUCCUGGAUUCAUAGGAGACGCCCGAGCACAUAACUGCACCCGCCCAGCCCCCCGGCUUAUUGUUCUACCAGCAGACUCCACCACGACAGAGGCCCCCGCGUCGAGUACACCCUCCCCCUCCACGUCACCCACCAGCGCCACUUUGAGCUCUGCCCCAGCAAGAGGAGUCCCAGCCUCCACGUCCAGCAGCAACACGAGCACUGCACCGACCAGCGCUGCCACCACCCAGGCCCUGCUUACCAGCCUGAGCAGCACCACUGACAACACCACAGCAGCCCUGACAGAAGUCUCCUGGACACAGUUCAACAUCAUCAUCCUGGCUGUGAUCAUCCUGGUGGUGCUGCUGCUGCUGGGCUUUGUUGGAGGUGUGUACACCUACCGGGAGUACCAGAACCGCAAGCUCAAUGCCCCUUUCUGGACCAUAGAACUGAAAGAGGACAACAUCAGCUUUAGCAGCUACCAUGACAGCAUCCCCAACGCUGACGUGUCAGGCCUGCUGGAGGACGAGGCCAACGAGGUGGCACCCAACGGCCAGCUGGCACUCACCACACAGGGCAACUGCUACAAGGCCUAGCACUCCAUCCCUCCCCAAGCUGGACACCUAGAUUUACAGAUGGACACAAAGCUGCUGGAAACUACCAAAUCCAAAGCUCCUUCAUAUACGACCGCUUGUUGUUACCCCGCUCGGCUACGACACUUCACAACACUCGGCAAACUGACAGAGCGAUCAACCAGAUGUGAUCGAAGAUAUGAAAGAGUUUCCACUUGAAACGUUUUUCCCCUUUUUGAUAUGAUUUUGUGUGGAAAGGGUGAUCAGUGAAAAGGAUCCAAAGAGAGAGAAAAAAAAAAAAAAGCGUUGUGUUUGAGUUCUGCCUGCAGAGGGCUCCGUUGUGCAGAUUAGUGAGGCAAAUUGGCAAAGAGUGAGACAGGUGCAUAUACCUGUUGAAACAGCAAUCCUGACACCAGUGAGAGAACUUACUGGAGCCUAGCAUUUCAGAUAAUUUUUAAAAACGGACAUUUGACUGUUUAAGUUAUAACUGGAUCACGUGGAACAGUGAUCUGAAUCUGAGACAAUGAUUGUUAUUUAAUGAAUUUUUAUUCAGUUCUUAUUUAUUGGUUGACGUUUCAUUCUUGGGAGAAAUGCUGCACAUGUAUGACGUGUUUAUUCAUGGUGUUUUAUAUUACGUGCUGUCGAAUGGUAAUUUGAAUUGGCUGAUAUGUUCUCAUGCAUAGUUUUAUGUGUUUUUGGAGAGACAGAGUCAUGGGGAAGACAGAAGCUGCUGGCACAAGCAUUUGAACAACCUCAUCUUUUGUUUAUAGCUUCCUUUUUUAGGUUAAAGUAUGCCAGCUCACCUGAAGUAUCUAAGAGGAGUGUUUUGUUUUUUUGUUUUUUAAGGAUACUACAACUACCGUUUAUAAACUCUCACAUUUGGCACUACUGCAGGGCUUACGUAAACACGCCAUAAUCUCCUCCUAAUCUAAUCUGCUCUUUGCUGCCUACCUCAGCAAAAGUUGAACAAACCAUUUGAAAAAAUGCUUCACGAUGCGUAUGUAGGGGUUGGGUUCUGUGACUCAGUCUCUGAUGAUAGGACCGUUUGAUGUCUAAAACAUUAACAGUAUUCUAGUGUUGAUACUGUUGUUACGGAGUGAAACCAGCCUGCACAUUGUAAAAAAAAAAAAAAAAAAAAAAAAAGAAAUUCCUCAGCCUCCUGGUCAUUGUUAUCACUUGCAGUCAAGUUGCAUCAGCUAGAACAGUGAGCCGCUGUAAAAUGAAUGCACUUCAAAAAGCUUCACACCUGAUCCUGAACAUGGAUCCUGUGUUUUCUGUGUUGUUUAGGUUACCAUUGGUUGGGUGCGCUUCUUUUUACCACGGUGAAUGAGUAAAGCUAAUUAUGGAACUAACUCCUCAGGUACUGGCUCUUUCCCUAAUGUGUGAUCACUGUAAAUAUGAUUACUGUACAGAUGAAUGUGAAUAGUAGCACUAUUAAUGUACAGGUAGAAUACUGUGUGUACACUGUCACUCAACAGGCUCCCAAACCUUUACUCUCCAGGGUGUGAUGUUGCUGUCAGCCCACAGCUUUUUGUAUUUUUCUUUUUCUUUCUAAUUAUCAGUGGACUGCCAUGUAUGCAACCGCAGGACUAAAAAGCACCACCCAGAACUUAAAGAAUGAAAUGAUGUAAAUAAUACCCCAACAUCGGAGCUCAACUCUCAAAUAAAAAAUGGGUUUAACUGUU